AUGCGGCCCUACCAGCAGAGGGCGCUGAAAUUCUCCUACUCCCUCCGCUUCACCAUCAGGAUUCGCACCAGUGUCCAAGAACUUUUUCUGAAAUUUAAGGCACAGGAAUUGGGAGACCCCCAGUUUGAGGACCGACGCUUGGUUCUACAUACCUUGCCCUCCAUUAGUGUGGACUACUCCAAAUGGCUGCACAUGCAGGAUGUGGAGAGGCUGGGGUUGGCUGCCCGAGACCUGCGUUCUUUCUGGGUUCACCUUGACUUGCAGAGACGGCAGAUAGAGGAAGAGAGAGGAGAGAGGAAGGGUCAGAGAAACAGGCUAAUUCAGGCUGUCCUAGCCAUCCAGGUGGACCUACAAAAGCUUGCACAUCAAAUUAACUCACAGUUGAGGUACCUGUGGAGUGUUGCUUCCACCAGACCCCUCCCCUGCCCCCUCUCCGGCCCCACCCACAGUCCUCCAGAGAAGCUCCUCCUCCUUCCCCAGUUCCUGCCUCCUGAGACCUGGUGCAGACGGCUGCAGGGCUACGUGAUCCUGAGGGACCUGGAGCGAUACCUGGCAAAACUAUCCCGUGACUUCACCCUCCUGAAAUCAAGACAUGGGGGCUAG